AACUUCGUAAAGAUCAUUGGACGCAAGUUUGGUUUAUUUUUGUCCUCCAAUACGUUUGGUGUUGUCAGCACGUCAGUAUUCAAAUAAAUUCAAACAAGUUUGGACGCACGCUAAUAUUAAAUAAUAUUUCGGGGAAAAUGUCAUUGAAAAUUGAAGCUGAAACAAAAGUAGAGUUAGAGCCAUGUGUGUUAGCUUGGGGAGAUAAAUUGUUUAUUGGAACUGAAGAUGGUUUCAUAAGAUCGUUUGAUGCAAACCUGACACCAAAAGAGGCAUGGUCUGCGCACGCAGUACAACCGUUCGCAUUAGCCACUAGUGGGGCUAAUUUAUAUUCAUCGUCGAACGAUGGAGGGAUCAAAGUUUGGUCUGCCACUGGAGAUAAGAUCACAGAAUUACCCGCGACUGGUGCAGACGUUGGGGCUUUACAUAUCUUCGGAGACAAUGUUUACGCUGGCGAUGAGGCUGGAAAUAUCGCUGUCUACGAAAAUAAUGCUAUGAAGGCAAACUACAAUGUUUUAGAGGAAGUAAAAGAUCUCACGUUCAAUUCACCAUUCCUGUUUACAGUCAGAGAUCUCUACGUUACGGCCACGGAAAUCAAACCCGAGGAAUCGAAGACUCGCUUCAUGACAAGGCACACGAUGGAAGGUCGCGCCCCCAUGCGGAUAACUGGCGAACGACUUUUGUUCAUGUCGCGAGACGGCAACAGCUUGCGACUACAUGAUGCCACUAUAAAUACUACUUUUAAACAGUUACAUGCAGUCAAGGUAAGUGACAUGAUAGUCACAAGUUUAUCAGCCAGUGGAGACAAUGUGUGGACUGGUGGAUGGGACGGCGUGGUGCGCAAGUGGAAGAUAACCAGCGACAAAUUGGAGGCUGCAGGCGAUAUCAACGUCGGUGGUUGCAUUAACGCGCUAGUUGCAACUGGCGACAAGGCAUACGUGGCUGUGACUGGCGGGAAAGUACUUCUUGUAGCUUAAAAAUCAUUGAUAUUCGUGCUUAACGAUACAAGUCCCAAGAAAUAAAUCUUGUUACAAAUAAAGGUAGCCAACUGAGCUAUUUGAUAUGAGAGCCAUCAAUUAGCAGUUUCUUCAUAGUCACACAUCUUUAUUCUCUACAAAAAAUAUUAGACUUGUACAAUGAAAGCCCAUUGGAAAUUUGUAAAAGUAUCUCAGUACAGUUGUGUGAACUGUGUGAAGUGACAUAAUGUUAAGUUAAUAGAUAGAGGUAUUAUUUAAGUUACAUAAAAUAAAUUCAAAUAAAAAAUAA